GAGCGGCGGCAUGGAGGCUCUCACCACUCAGCUGGGGCCGGGGCGCGAGGGAAACUCUUCUCCCAACUCCAAGCAGGAGCUGCAGCCCUACUCGGGUUCCAGCGCUCUCAAACCCAACCAGGUGGGCGAGACGUCGUUGUACGGGGUGCCUAUCGUGUCCCUGGUCAUCGACGGCCAGGAGCGCCUAUGCCUGGCGCAAAUCUCCAACACCCUCCUCAAGAACUACAGCUACAAUGAGAUACACAACCGCCGCGUGGCCCUGGGCAUCACGUGCGUGCAGUGCACACCGGUGCAGCUGGAAAUUCUGCGUCGGGCAGGGGCCAUGCCCAUCUCGUCGCGCCGCUGCGGCAUGAUCACCAAGCGUGAGGCCGAACGCCUGUGCAAGUCGUUCCUCGGCGAGCACAAGCCACCCAAGCUGCCCGAGAACUUCGCCUUCGAUGUGGUGCACGAGUGUGCCUGGGGUUCGCGUGGCAGCUUCAUCCCCGCGCGUUACAACAGCUCGCGUGCCAAGUGCAUCAAGUGCGGUUACUGCAGCAUGUACUUCUCGCCUAACAAGUUCAUCUUCCACUCGCACCGCACACCCGACGCCAAGUACACGCAGCCCGACGCAGCCAACUUUAACUCGUGGCGCCGACACCUCAAACUCAGUGACAAGUCGGCCACAGACGAACUGAGCCACGCUUGGGAGGACGUCAAGGCCAUGUUCAAUGGUGGCACCCGCAAGCGGACCUUCUCGCUGCAAGGAGGCGGCGGCGGCGGCGGCGCUAACGGAGGGUCGUGUGGACAGGGGAAGGGUGGUGCUGGCGGCGGUGGGGGCGGCCCGGGGUGCGGCGCAGACAUGGCCCCAGGUCCGCCGCCGCACAAAAGCCUGCGCUGUGGCGAAGAAGAGGCCGCCGGGCCUCCCGGGCCGCCGCCUCCUCACGCGCAGCGGGGACUUGGUCUGGCGGCGGGAGCUGGCGGCCCCGCGGGCCCUGGAGGGCCUGGUGGCGGCGCCGGGGUCCGCAGCUACCCUGUGAUCCCAGUGCCCAGCAAGGGCUUUGGCCUCUUGCAGAAACUGCCCCCACCGCUUUUCCCUCAUCCCUAUGGCUUCCCCACGGCCUUUGGUCUCUGCCCCAAAAAGGAUGACCCUGUGUUAGGCGCAGGCGAACCCAAGGGCGGCCCAGGCCCCGGGAGUGGCGGGGUCGCGGGCACUGGGGCAGGAGCGGGCGGCCCAGGAACCGGCCAUUUGCCCCCCGGGGCGGGGACGGGCCCGGGCGGCGGCGCCAUGUUCUGGGGUCACCAGCCCUCCGGCGCAGCCAAGGACGCGGCGGCCGUAGCUGCGGCCGCCGCCGCAGCCACUGUGUACCCGACGUUUCCCAUGUUCUGGCCGGCGGCAGGCAGCCUCCCGGUGCCGCCCUAUCCGGCCGCGCAGAGCCAAGCCAAAGCUGUGGCGGCGGCCGUAGCGGCGGCAGCGGCGGCGGCCGCGGCUGCUGCGGGAGGUGGCGGCCCCGAGCCCCUGGACGGUACCGAGCCGACCAAGGAGGGAGGCCUGGUCGCAGAGGAGCGCUGCCCCAGCGCGCUGUCCCGCGGGCCACUGGACGAGGACGGCGCGGAAGAGGCGCUACCGCCCCCGCUGGCCCCGCUGGCCCCACCGCCCCCGCCGCCCGCUCGCAAAGGCUCCUACGUGUCGGCCUUCAGGCCUGUAGUCAAGGACGCGGAAAGCAUCGCCAAGCUCUACGGUAGCGCCCGCGAAGCUUACGGCGGUGGGCCAGCCCGUGGGCCGGGGCCGGGAGCAGGGACCGGCGGCGGCUACGUGAGCCCGGACUUUCUGAGCGAGGGCAGCUCCAGCUACCACUCCGCCUCCCCCGACGUGGACACUGCAGACGAGCCCGAGGUGGAUGUGGAGUCCAACCGCUUCCCCGACGACGAGGGCGCCCCGGAUGAGGCCGAGCCCGGUGCUCCCAGCACAGGAGGCAGCCCGAAUGGAGACCAGACCGCAGGACCCCCGUCUAUCACCUCGUCCGGCGCCGACGGUCCCACAGACUCUCCAGAAGGCGGCAGCCCUCGUCCCCGGCGGCGCCCGGGGCUACCCCCAGCCAGUCGAGCCGCAUUUGGGGACCUGGCGGCCGACGACAUGGUGCGGAGACCGGAGAAGAGCCCGCCAAGCGGCGGCUAUGAGCUGCGAGAGGCUUGCGGACCGCUGGGGGGCCCCGCGCCCGCCAAGGUGUACGCGCCCGAGAGGGACGAGCACGUGAAGAGCGCGGCGGCGGCGGCGCUGGGGCCCGCGGCGUCCUACCUCUGCGCCCCAGAGGCCCACGAGCCAGAUAAGGAAGACAAUCACUCGACCGCCGACGAUUUGGAAACGAGGAAAUGCUAUCCAGACCAAAGGAGUAUCUCCCAGCCAAGUCCGGCAAAUACAGACCGAGGCGAAGAUGGGCUCACCCUAGAUGUCACAGGAACUCAACUAGUGGAGAAGGAUAUCGAGAACCUGGCCAGAGACGAAUUGCAAAAACUGCUCCUGGAGCAAAUGGAGCUUCGCAAGAAGCUGGAGCGAGAAUUUCAGAGUCUCAAAGAUAAUUUUCAGGAUCAAAUGAAGAGGGAAUUGGCUUAUCGAGAAGAAAUGGUGCAACAGCUGCAAAUUGUCAGAGAUACUCUUUGUAACGAACUUGACCAGGAGCGGAAGGCACGCUAUGCCAUCCAGCAGAAAUUAAAAGAAGCCCAUGACGCCCUGCACCAUUUCUCCUGCAAGAUGCUGACGCCCCGGCACUGCACUGGCAACUGCUCCUUCAAGCCCCCGCUGUUGCCCUAGGGCCGGCCCAGCCGCGCCCACGCGCCCUCAAGCCAUGCUGCUCUCUUCUUGUAAAUACCCGCGGCCGCGGCGGCCGAGAGCGAGAUACAAGCCAUUCGGACCGGACCGAUGUAAAUACAGCCUCCCGCCCGCCUGCCCUUCUCCCGGGCGCCUCGGCCUUGCCCGCUCCCUCCUGGGAGCCCGAGACCAGGACCCAGUAUCCGUUUCCAAUUGUAAAUACCACCUUGCCUCAUGGUUCAACUCCGGGCAUCGGGUCUCAUGGUCUUAACGGACCAAAGAGGGUAAGAAAAGGGAGAGGGGCUUCUCCUCCCUGUACAGCCUCUGAACCCCAAUUGUGAAUACAAUGUAGCAAUUUCGCUGGCGCCGCGCUCCCCUCCCUGUCCACUUCUGAAACUCUUGUUCCUAAUGACAAAGUGGCUAUGUGCAAUGGAUAUAAAUGUAUUGUGAGUCUCUUGGUUCAGUAAUAAUGGGUUCAUUUUUAAUUUAUUUAUGCUGUAAGUUAUUUUGCUUCCUUCUCCUGGACCUACUUCCAGUCCCAUUUUGCAUUCCCUCUUGGGUUUUUGCUUUGUCUAUUUUGUUGUUGUAACCUCUUGAUGUAACAGCACUUUAAAAAAGGCGACAACUGACUCACGAGAUGGAGACCACCUUGAGCCUGAUUGGGGAGAUCACCCUGUAUC